AUGGCUACUAACACCACCCAGAGCAACCUCGUCCGCCUUGCGGCCCUACAGCUCGGCGAAGUGCCCGCGCAUCCAUCUCUCCCAUCCUCGGAGGACACCACUCCACCCGAGCUUCUUCCCUUCCUGUUGUCGCUCCUCGACGACGGGGUCGACUUCCUCUCGUCCACCAGCUUCAUUGCGAACUUCAAACACCAGUCCACCAAAACAGCUCUGCCCAGCGAAGCAAAAGUCGACGUCCUGACAUGUGACAUCGCCGCGCGAGAGUUGGAGCAGAUCGUGAAGUGGGAAGGCGGUGCAACCACGCGCAUCACGGCGGACGACAACCGUCCCAAUGGCGAUGGCGCACAGGGUCCCGGUCCAGGUCAAGGCCAGAAAGCCGAUGAAGAGACAUACACUCGACCCGGACGGAGCAAACCACCGGCCCGCGUCCUGAGCGGCGGCGAGCACUGGUUCGCCCGCAAGUCGGUGCACAAGGACCUGUCGUCCAAGGACGCGACCUCGCCCGGCAACGCGAGCUGGAAGGAAUUCAUCUACGGCCUGCGCGACGACCACUCCAAGCACGAAGAGGCAUUCACGCCGAAUCUCUACGACGCGCACCCCGUGUGCGAUUGGAACGGCGAGCUCCGGGCCCUCGAAUCCCAGAGGGAAAUCGUGGGCAAACACGGCAGGAAAUACACCUGCGCCACGAUGGCGAUCUAUGAAAUGUGUCACGCCACGCCGCCGCCCACGUCUGCGCGCUGUUUUCCCGUACUGGUCGCCACGGCGUCGCUUGGCCCGGAGGAAUUUGUGGCAGUCACGGUGCCCGUGACGCUGGGCACGUCCGUGGCUGCCUCGUUCUACUCGUCCGGCCGGAACACCAAGGAGGGCAAGACGCCGCAGCAGCGCAAACCGGUCGUGCUGGGGAUCUAUGCUGCGGUCGAGACGGUGAAGCGACGGCCUAGAGAGGGCGCCGAACGGGGCGUCGAGGGUAAAGAGGUCGAGUGGAUCAUGGCGACGGCGAGUGAUGCCAAGGGGAAUCUGCCCAUGUGGGUGCAGAAGAUGAGUAUCCCGGGGAUGCUGCCCAAGGAUGUCAGCUAUUUCAUGAAGUGGAUCAAGGGUGUGAAGGACGAGGACAUUGAAGCCGUCAAGGUGGUGUGA